CAAAGUUAAUUUGCUGGAUCGGAAGCGUCUCUAGUCUCUAAUCCAGAUUGGCUCACAGCUCACAGCUCACUGAGCCUCGAUCCUGUCCGCGACCUGUCGACUGUUACUCUCUCAGACAUGGGGAACAGCAAAGCUUCAGCACUGCUCUCACUCAUCGGUUCUCUGCUCAUGCUGCUUUGGCCGUACGCACUAACCAAGAGUGUCUCAGCCAGCACUUCUCUAUCUGGAGGGCAGGGAGAAGAGCGCCCUCAUGUGGUGAAGCGGUCCACGCGUAGCUGCGACAGCACAUUUGACGACUUCUGCCUGAACAAGGGCCAGUGCAUGUUUCUGGUGGACAUCGAUGAGCACCACUGCAGGUGUGACGUGGGCUUCUAUGGCCCCAGGUGUGCCAACCUGGAGCUGGUCACUCAGCCAAUGGGAGACGGGCAGAUGAUCGUCACCGUGUUCUGCGUGAGUCUGCUGAUCGUGGGUUUGGCCGGAGCCCUGUACUUCUUCUGCAAAUGGUGA